ACUGAGUAUGCCUAUAAGUACAGACAGAUUUCAGUGUGCAUCUGAAUAUGCUAUUUUAUUAUUUUUAUAGGCAGGCUUUUUCUAAAAAGAUUCGCCCACGUGCCGUUUUUUGUUUGUGUUGUUGCUAUUUUAAUUAAGUUUAGCUUUGUUGGCAGUACCUUGGCACAGACGUGGUGAGAGCUGAGUCCCUGGCCACAAAGGUCUUCUCUGAAGCAGAAGAGGGCACAUUCCCCUUGGACAGUCUCGGUGGGGGGUUGACUUUGAGGCUUGCCAGAGCGGUAUUGACGAGGCGGUUUUUGAGCCAAAUGAAAAGCAGCCUGUUUGACCAAUUGCACUCCGUUUCUUCUCGGCUUGCAGGGGGAUCAGUAUCCCUGGGCUCCCAACCCUGCAUCCUCCCCUCAGCCAAAGGCACUCUUGUCCUCUAAGCCUCCCAUACAGCAGCGUUCGUGAGAGCAGCCAGAGCAGGGCUGCCUCCCCGUUCCUGCUCCUAGGAGCACAGGACUGGCCCCUGGACCCCUGGCAUCUGGGGCAGAAGCAACAUUAAAGCAGGGAUUGGCUGACUCCCACCCCAAAUGCCAAGCAGGCCAGGCACUGGGAGCACUUGGGGGCGUGACAAAUCCCAGCCUGUCUCCAGCUUGUGUUCCCUGGCCAGUCUGCCUUGGGCCUUGCCUCGCGAUGACAGACCCAUCAUUCAGCCUCAUUCAUAUGCUCAUCAUUUCAGGACUGCUCUGUUACUCAGCGUCCUGCUUAGCCCUUCCCAGCCUGGAUCAGAAGAAGCGUGGUGGCCACAAAGCAUGCUGCCUGCCCACGCCCCCGCCCCCGCCGCUGUUCCCACCGCCCUUCUUCAGGGGGGGCCGCAGCCCGCUUCUCUCCCCAGACAUGAAGAACCUCAUCCUGGAGCUGGAGACGUCGCAGUCCUCGUGCAUGCAAGGCUCGCUCGGCUCCCCUGGGCCUCCCGGCCCCCAGGGUCCACCGGGACUUCCUGGCAAGACAGGACCAAAGGGAGAAAAGGGGGAGCUUGGCCGACCAGGAAGGAAGGGUAGACCUGGCCCCCCGGGUGUUCCUGGCAUGCCCGGGCCUGUCGGCUGGCCAGGCCCUGAAGGACCCAGGGGUGAAAAAGGUGACAUGGGUAUGAUGGGCCUGCCAGGGUCAAGAGGACCAGUGGGCUCCAAGGGAUACCCUGGAUCCAGAGGGGAAAAGGGAUCUAGAGGUGAAAGGGGCGACUUGGGUCCCAAAGGAGAAAAGGGCUUCCCAGGGUUUCCUGGAAUGUUGGGACAGAAAGGUGAAAUGGGUCCAAAGGGUGAGCCUGGGAUAGCAGGACACCGAGGACCCACAGGAAGACCAGGAAAACGAGGCAAGCAGGGACAGAAGGGAGAUAGUGGAGUUAUGGGCCCACCUGGCAAGCCUGGGUCUUCUGGUCAACCUGGCCUCCCAGGCCCCCCAGGACCCCCGGGUCCCCUGUCUGCAGGACAACUUGUCAUGGGACCCAAAGGGGAAAGAGGAUUUCCCGGGCCUCCAGGAAGAUGUCUCUGUGGACCCCCUGUGAAUGUGAAUAACCCUUCCUACGGGGAAUCCAUGUAUGGGCCCAGUUCCCCUCGAGUUCCUGCGAUUUUUGUGGUCAACAACCAGGAAGAGCUCGAGAGGCUGAACACCCAAAACGCCAUUGCCUUCCGCAGAGACCAGAGAUCUCUGUACUUCAAGGACAGCCUUGGCUGGCUCCCCAUCCAGCUGACCCCUCUCUACCCUGUGGAUUACGCUGUAGACCAGCACAGCACCUGUGGGGACGGGGUCCUGCAGCCUGGGGAGGAGUGUGACGACGGUAACAACAAUGUGGGUGACGACUGCAUCAGCUGUCACCGGGCCUACUGUGGAGACGGUCACCGGCAUGAGGGUGUGGAGGACUGUGACGGCUCUGAUUUUGGCCACCUGACGUGCGAGACCUAUCUGCCUGGGUCGUACGGAGCCCUGCGCUGCACGCGGUACUGCUACAUCGACUCCACGCCCUGCCGCUACUUCACGUGAGGGCCCCGAGAGAAGGUGGCUGCGCCCCCGUCACCGGCAGCGGCGUCCUCGCUGUGCCAAACUGGCCUUCGCACCGUCCUGGUCCAGCCUCCACCAACCUUCGUGUGACAAAAACAAACUCCUGCUGCUAAGACGUGCUUUUAACUCAUCUGACUGGAAGAAUUUUAGGACCACCGCAUCCCGUCUUACUCCGAAGGACCAGCAAACCUUCCACGUGCCCAGCCUGGGAACCGUCCCCUACACUACCGUGCGGCCUGGCAGCCGCCACAACACCCUUCCUCUUCCAGAAAGUGGCUGACCUCGGCCGUGGACUUGGCUUAGCACUGUUAGACACACAGAGGCCUCAGGGGGGCUGUCAGUCUGUUUCAAUCUCUCGUCUGGGGCGUCUGGAGUCCAGGCGUGGCGCCCCUCCGACCCCCGGACCGCAGGCACACUCUCGGGGAUGGCCGCCGGCCCACGGGGUCUCCCAAGGCCUGUGAACCACGAAGCAGGGAAGUGGGCACCUUCUCUCCGUGUGGCUCACGGCUUUGGGCCCGCCAAGGGACCCCUCAGCUGGCCCAGACCCCACUGGAUGUGGCCCCCCAGGAGGAGACUUAACUGUGAAAAAGUACGGAGAACCCGCCAGACCCCUGCUGGCCAGCCGGGGCUGCACUUGCCACCAGCAGUGAGUGGCCCAGCCGCCGCCCCUAUUCUCCGCGCUUCCCAGGCGGCGGCUCUUGCGCUUUCAAAACCCCUGGCAGCAUCUUGACCUCGUGGCUCUCUCUGCACUUUGACCCUUGUCUUGCAAAUAAAUGUCCCUCAUGUCUAUUUCCCGUCCAGGAGACUCACGGGCACAGAGUUGACCUGCGCGAGUCCACACCUGCGCAGGCGGUGGGUGUUGCCUUGGUCCUUAGGGAGACACCUCCCCGGGCUUCCCACCUGGGGCUGGCUGCCCAGGACACUCUCCUGGCCCAUCUCCUCGCUUCUGCUGGCUCCUGUGAGUGCCCUGUGACCCUCUUUCGUGUCUGCGAGUUGGUGGCCUUGUCCUCAGGUCUGUGUGGCUGCGCUCCGCACUCUCUAUGGGAUUGUCGGUCCUGCGUGUCUGUGAGCUGCCCUGCACCGCCGUCUACCCGCAUGGGGCUCGGCUUCAUUGUGGAAACGCAUCUCCAAGGUGCGGUCCGCCCUCACGUGGGAUUUGCCCUUGUGUUACCAGGUGGAAGGACACCCUGGAGUUCUGUACAUAGCUGUUGAAUGAGCCUGAGUCUUGGGACGCAGCAGGCAGGAGCUUUGGGGCCAGCAGGCCAUCUGCUGGGGGUCUGUUGGGGGACCCUUUCUCCCCCAGGGGACGUCAGCCCGAGGGUGGUGUCUUCGGGGCAAGUGCCUUGGUCAGUCCAGUUCCCUAAGCCCCCUGCAGGUUCUGGGGAGACGUCGAUUCUGUGCUGCUUUGACCGCCGCACCGCGACUUCCGGAUGGGAAAUCGAGAAAUAAAGGCAGUUCAUUUCCCCGCUGUGGCUCUCUCUUCCUUGGGGCGUGGGGCCAGGGCCUCAGCAUUGCUGGAUAGUGAGGGGUCUGAAUUCAAGUCUGCUUCCCUAUCUCUGCAGAGGGUCGUAGCAUGUGGAAGCACUCCAGCUCCCUCAGAGACCAGGGAGGAAACUGAGGUCCAGAGAUGUGGUGAGACUUGCCCAAAGUCACGAAGCUCUGUCUUGCUUGCCCAGCCCUGCCCCAGCCUUGCUUUAGGACCUUGUCUAGGAUGGAAUGGAGAGUCAGGACUGACCUUGGACCUGACCAAGAGGGCCCUCUCCAGGCCCCUUAGACUGGAGGGUGCCACUCUGGCCCUCCUCUGGCCAUGACCCUCCCCACAGGGCAAGGUGUCCGUGGGCUUGCACGCCCCACUCCUGGGCCAUGCUCCAGGCACCCGCGAAGCCACGAUUCCUGCCCCAGUGGUCCUGAGCCUGCUUGCAGGCCUGCGCGGACCUCUUCCCCACGUUCCUCC